ACACCGUCAGUGACUCUUUAGGGAGCGCGCAGGAGGAUGCACUCAGCCCUGUAGGACGCUUUAUUUCCCUCAAACUUCCCUCUGCGAGUGAUGCUCCUGUAGGAAGACGCUUGCAAGAGUUGCAAAAUGGCCGAUAAAGACAGCGUGGAGAAGUAUCUGGAGAACAACCCGCAGUUCGCCAAAGAGUACUUCGACAAGAAGCUGCGGGCGGAAGCCUUGUCCGCCGCUUUCUCCGCCGCCGUCCAGGUGACGGACACCGCCUCCUUCAAGGAUGUCAACUCGGUGCAAGAGGCCGCCAUCGUCUUCGAGCUGGUGCAGGAGAUGCAGAAGCAGGGCCCGGUGGAGGAGUCCAUCCACAAGGUGCUGCAGAGGCUGGCCCUCAUCCUGCAAGCCGACAGGGUCAGCUUUUACCAGUGCCGCUCCAGGAACGGCACGCCCGAGCUCGCCAGUUGCCUCUUCGACGUGAACCCGACGUCCAAAUACGAGGCCAACUUGGUCCACCCCCAGACUGAGAUUGUGAUCCCCCUGGAGUUGAGCAUCGUCGGAUUCACCGCAAAUUCCAGAAAGCCCCAAAAUGUCCCCGAUGUGUCUCAGAAUAAAAAGUUCUGCGACUUUGUGGACAAGCAGACGGGCUACAAGACCAAAUGCAUGCUCACCUUCCCGCUGGUGGCCGACAAAGAGUGCCUUGGGGUCGUCACGGCGCUCAACAAGAUCGGUGCGGCUCACUUCACCCCGGAAGAUGAAGCGCUCUUCCACAAGUACAUGAACUUUGCUCAAGUCAUCGCCCUGCAAUAUCACACCAACUACAUGUUCAACGUGGAGUCCAGAAGGAGUCAGGUCCUGCUUUGGUCCGCUAGUAAAGUUUUUGAAGAGUUGACGGACAUCGAGAGACAGUUCCACAAAGCUCUCUACACCGUGAGGACAUACCUGCUGUGUGAAAGAUACUCGGUGGGCCUCUUGGACAUGACCAAGGAGAAGGAAUUCUAUGACGAAUGGCCGGUGAAACUUGGAGACGUGGAACCUUAUAAAGGACCUAAAACGCCAGAUGGAAGGGAAGUUAUCUUUUAUAAGAUAAUUGACUACCUCCUGGAGGGCAAAGAGGAAAUCAAAGUCAUACCUGGUCCUCCAGCAGAUCAUUGGGCUCUGGUUAGCGGACUACCGACCUACGUGGCAGAGAACGGCUUUAUUUGUAACAUGAUGAACGUGGCUGCAGAUGACUUCUUCACGUUUCAGAAAGAGGCAGUGGAUGAGACAGGUUUCGUCAUCAAAAACUGCCUGUCGUUGCCCAUCGUCAACAAGAAAGAAGAAAUUGUGGGCAUUGCCACUUUCUUCAACAGGAAAGACGGCAAGCCCUUCGACGAAUACGACGAGCAAAUCACAGAGGCCCUGACCCAGUUCUUGGGCUGGUCCGUCCUCAACUGUGACACCUACGACAGGCUCAACCGUAUGGAGUACAGGAAAGACAUCGCCCAGGAGAUGCUCAUGUACCAGAGCAGGUGUACGACCGAUGAACUACAGUCCAUCUUGAACACCAAGGAAAAGUUUGAUAGUGAGCCCGAAGACUGUGACCAGAAAGACAUGUACAAACUAUUGAGAGGAACGUGCCCGCCAGCCGACAACGUCAAUGGCGAAAACUUGUACAACUUCGGCUUCAGCGAUUUCCCCGUGUCCGAGUUCGACCUCAUCAAAGCCGGCAUUCGAAUGUUCUUUGAACUCGGGGUGAUUGAAAAGUUCAAAGUUCCAGCAGAGACGCUGACUCGCUGGAUGUACACGGUGAGGAAGGGCUACCGAGCCAUCACCUACCAUAACUGGCGGCACGGCUUCAACGUGGGCCACACCAUGUUCUGCCUGCUUCAGACAGGGAAGCUGAGGAAGUACUAUUCCGAUCUGGAUGCCUUUGCCAUGGUAGCCGCCGCCUUCUGUCACGAUAUCGACCACAGAGGCACCAACAACCUCUACCAGACAAAGAGUGCGUCUCCUCUUGCCAAACUUCAUGGCUCAUCGAUCAUGGAGAGACACCACUUGGAGUACAGCAAGACCCUCAUGGCCGAGGAGAGCCUGAACAUCUUCUGCAACCUUCAGAAGCGGCAGUUUGAGACCGUGCAGCAUCUGUUUGACGUCUGCAUCAUCGCCACCGACCUGGCGCUCUACUUCAAAAAGAGAACCAUGUUCCAGAACAUUGUGAACGCCACCGAGCCAAUGGCAAACGAAAAGGAAGCCGUGGACUACAUUUCCAACAACCCCACCAGAAAGGAGGUUAUCAUGGCCAUGAUGAUGACCGGCUGCGACCUGUCAGCCAUCACCAAACCCUGGGAAGUGCAGAGCAAGGUGGCGCUGAUGGUCGCCGCCGAAUUCUGGGAACAGGGAGAUCUGGAGAGAUCGGUUUUGGACCAGCAACCAAUUCCCAUGAUGGACAGAAACUGUGCCGAGCAGCUACCCAAGAUGCAGUGCGGUUUCAUCGACUUUGUGUGCGCGUUUGUGUACAAGGAGUUCUCCAGGUUCCACAAGGAGAUCCAGCCCAUGUUUGACGGCCUCAACAACAACCGCUCGCACUGGAACGAGCUGGCCGAGGUGUACAACGCCAAGAUGAAAGCCAUCGAGGACGAGAAGAAGAAACUGGAGGAGGAAGAAGCCAGGAAAGCGGGCGGCGGCGAAGGGAAGUCAAAAACGUGCGUCGUCUGCUAACUUCCUCCUCCUGGCGCUUGGAUAUGAACUGUUGAGCCUCCUGCUUGGAUCUAUAGAGCUUCCUGGUUUAGGUCCAGUCCAACCUAGACCACUUUUAGUCUCCUAGGCCUGCCUGAGGACGGAAUAAUCGCACACGACGAAGAACAAUGUGGGAAUUCUUGAAGACAUGUUGGACGAUGGAAUGUUUCCACUUCUUCAGACCUGAUCCACGGACGCUAAGCCCCGCCCACAACUCCUCAUGUCAUGUUGCUAGGCAGUUAGCGCAUCGUCUAGUUUCACUUAGCUGCUGCUGUUUGAGCAGCGCCCAAUGGAUGCAGGCUGCGGUCAUUAUGCAAAACCAGUGAAGUUGGCACGUUGUGUAAAUCGUAAAUAAAAAACACAAUACAAUUAUUUGCAAAUCCUUUUCAAAUUAUAUUCAAUUGAAUAGACUGCAAAGACAAGAUAUUUAAUGUUCCAACUGAGAAACUUUAUUUAUUUUUGCAAAUAAUCAUUAACUUAGAAUUUAAUGGCAGCAACACAUUGCAAAAAAGUUGGCACAGGGGAAUGUUUACCACUGUGUUACAUGGCCUUUCCUUUUAACAACACUCAGUAAACAUUUGGGAACUGAGGAGACACAUUUUUUAAGCUUCUCAGGUGGAAUUCUUUCCCAUUCUUGCUUGAUGUACAGCUUAAGUUGUUCAACAGUCCGGGGGUCUCCGUUGUGGUAUUUUAGGCUUCAUAAUGCGCCACACAUUUUCAAUGGGAGACAGGUCUGGACUACAGGCAGGCCAGUCUAGUACCCGCACUCUUUUACUAUGAAGCCACGCUGUUGUAACACGUGGCCUGGCAUUGUCUUGCUGAAAUAAGCAGGGGCGUCCAUGAUAACGUGGCUUGGAUGGCAACAUAUGUUGCUCCAAAACCUGUAUGUACCUUUCAGCAUUAAUGGCGCCUUCACAGAUGUGUAAGUUACCCAUGUCUUGGGCACUAAUACACCCCCAUACCAUCACAGAUGCUGGCUUUUACACUUUACGCCUAUAACAACCCGGAUGGUUCUUUUCCUCUUUGUUCCUGAGGACACGACGUCCACAGUUUCCAAAAACAAUUUGAAAUGUGGACUCGUCAGACCACAGAACACUUUUCCACUUUGCAUCAGUCCAUCUUAGAUGGCAUUUCUGGGUGUUGUUGAUAAAUGGCUUUGCUUUGCAUAGUAGAGUUUUAAAAUGACUGAGCAUUUCAUGAUUUUAUACCCAAUCAUUGCACCCAACUGUUCCCAAUCAGCCUGUUCACCUGCGGGAUGUUCCAAAUAAGUGUUUGAUGAGCAUUCCUCAACUUUCUCAGUCUUUUUUGCCACUUGUGCGAGCUUUUUUGGAACAUGCUGCAGGCAUCAAAUUCCAAAUGAGCUAAUAUUUGCAAAAAAUAACAACGUUUUCCAGUUCGAAGGUUAAGUAUCUUGUCUUUGCAGUCUAUUCAAUUGAAUAUAUGUUGAAAAGGAUUUGCAAAUCAUUGUAUUCUGUUUUUAUUUACCAUUUACACAACGUGCCAACUUCACUGGUUGUGGGUUUUGUAAUAAAAAUCGGAAAUUUACAAGUACAUCUUAUAAGAGAAAAGUCAGAAUUGUGUCUAAAAAAAAAAGUGUAACUUUAUGGAGGUACAGCAAAUCUAAUUUCUUGAACUAGAGUGGUGAUUUUACACAACUGAAACCCGUAAUCUUACAAAAAUACCUUUGGAAGGUUACGAGAAAAAACCAUAAUUUGUAAAACAAACGUAAAAGUGGCAUAGAAAAACCAAAAAAGUCGAAAAUUAAUUUAUAAUAUCUUUAGAAAACCCUUUUUGUUUUACGGCAACAAAUUUGUCAUUUUUUGAGUCGUAUUUUUUCGAUUAUAAACGACGUUGCUGUGCGAGAAAAAGGACAUUUGGAAAACCACGAGACAAAACUUGUAAAUUUGUGAGCUUGAUACGAACUACAGGGAAACUUUUUUGAACUUUUCUCUACAAAAAAUCAGAAUAUUCUAAAAAAAUUAUGAGGACUAAAAAUAUUUUGAGGUAUUUUACGAGAAUAAAACAAAAGCAGCUUUACGAGAUAAUCGUAAAUUACUUGAAGUGUCAUGAUUCAAUGACAAAAAGUUGUAAUAUAAUAUAUAAUAAUACAUACAACAUUUUUAGAGACAGAAAAGUGGACUAUUUUGUAACAUUAUGGAGAAAUGUGUAAUAUUUGGAGAAACUUGACGAGAUAAAUGAGCAGAAAUGUGUCAUCAUUUUACGAGAUUUUCCAGAAAAAAGUCCUAAUUUGGGGUUAAUCAGUUGAAGAAACAUUCCAAGAGUUGAGGCUAACAAUGUAUGAGAGCACGUUUGCUUGAGUAGGAAAGCUUUCAUUAUCAAUCUACUGUAUAAACACAUCGAUUGGGCCAAAGUCCUCCUUCAUGUGGCGCAAAGCUGAACUGUUUUACCCUCUUUUUUUUCUUUUUUAGUAACAAGCCUCCUCUUUCAAAACAUGAGCGAUCAAUCAAAGGUCCUUAAUCCUAUCAGGGCAGCUUUACAGCUACCUGGAAACAUCGCUCCCUCCCAGCUUGAGGAGCCAAAAAAGUGCACCCGGGCCAUCAUUUCAUAACCCGUUGAAAUGACCUCAUCGAGUGUGCGUGUCAGAGAUGUAUGUAAGAAGCAAAUAAACGGGGAGUUCACCGUGA